CAGACUUUUUGUUUUCUCAGCAGCAAGCGUUCACUUCCUCCUGUGAGUAAUAAGAGCAGCUUCACACAACCAGUCUGCUUGUCAGAGCAACUGACUGACUGAGAGCAGCUCACACACACACACACAGAGGCAACUAGAGGAGCUCAUGCUUCAAACCAUGGCUUGCUGAAUGUUGACAGAGCUUGAUUCGGCCUCCGUCCCCUUUUGACACCUGUCAACUGUUCCAAAACACAGGCUGUCACUGUGGAGACACCAAUGAGCCAGAAUAAGGAGGCAGAGAGGAUUCCCCAGACAGACAGUCCUGAGAAGACAGAGGAGAGGAGACACACAGGAGAGAAAUCAGCAUCCAUAAUGGACCACCAGCAGCAUGCCAAAGUGGAGCGAUUUCUCAAGUUAGGAUACUCGCACAGCGAUAUCCUGAGGGUACUGGAGAGCCUCCGCCAUGAUGCCCAGACCAAUGAUAUCCUGGAGGAGCUGAUUAAGACCUGUCACACUCGUACUUACAACAACAAAAGUGUCCCUAACAGCCCCAAGCUGGUGUCCAGAGGCUGCAGCCCCAGUCCCAGUCAGCCCAGACCUGGACCAGACAGAGAACCAGCUGCUGGCUUCAGACCAGUGGUUAUAGAUGGAAGCAAUGUGGCCAUGAGCCAUGGCGACAAGAAGGUGUUUUCGUGCCAGGGCCUCCAGCUGGCAGUGAACUGGUUCUGGGACAAAGGGCUGCGCGACAUCACUGUAUUCGUUCCCCUGUGGAGGAAGGAACAGCCACGACCGGAUGCGCCCAUCACAGAUCAACAUAUUCUCCAUGAGCUGGAGAGAAGGAAGAUCCUGGUGUACACGCCAUCUCGCUGUGUGAAGGGUAAGCGGGUGGUGUGCUAUGAUGACCGGUACAUUGUCAAGCUGGCCUUCGAUUCAGACGGCAUUAUUGUGUCCAACGACAACUACCGCGACCUUCAGACGGAAAAUCCCCAGUGGAAGAGGUUUAUAGAAGAGAGGCUGCUGAUGUACACCUUCGCCAUUGACAAGUUCAUGCCCCCAGAUGAUCCUCUGGGUAGAAAUGGUCCCACCAUUGAUGAUUUUCUGAGAAGGAAGCCCUGGAUCCCAGACAACAAGCUGCAGCACUGUCCAUACGGAAAGAAGUGUACUUAUGGAGUGAAGUGCAAGUUCUACCACCCUGAGCGAGCCAACCAAUCACAGUUGUCUGUGGCCGAUGAGCUGAGGGCACUGAGAGACAGGGCCAAGAACUUCUCACCCAAACUGAGUUUGCAGGACACACACUUCUGCCCCACUGUGUACCAGCCGGAGCACAGGUACAACUCAUCUACCCCUCCGCCCCUGAGCAUAGAGGACCAGUCACACAGAGCUUCACCCAGUGAGCAGUUCAUCUAUCAAAAAGACUCCAGCAGCCUGAGAAGCCAAGCAAACACAAGCCUCCACCACUGUCCAAGUUCAGACGUGGACGAGGCCUUCAGCUCCAUGGAAAGCUCCAUGUCCAGGCUCUACAUCCACGACAUGCCCUAUAGCAUGGAGCACCUUCCUCACAGCUAUAGCAGUGGGGUGCCCAGCUACAGCCUGAGCCACGAUGACCACUCCCUCUCAGGGUCAUACAGUAAGAACAACCAAAGGCCCUGUUUGAGUGGAGGAGGUUACUACCCUCAUCAAAACUGCUCGCUGUCCUGCAAACACCCCCCUGUGUGCAGCCAGUGCAGGUGUGGUCACCAGCACACCAGGAUGUCCCAACAACCAGCAUGGGGCUCCUGCCCAGCACUGCCUCCACAUAACGGGGAAUAUCCUGGCCAUGUUUCAGAAAAGCUGUAUUUCAGGCAGCCCUCCAACAGACAUACCCACAGCUUGCCCAGGGACCCAUGGGUGCAGAGCAGCCUCUCUGAUGCCAGGCUGAACGGCCGGGCCAAGAGCCCAUUCAAUGAGCAGAGGAGGGCCCUGAGGAGCCAGCUGAGCACCCUCUUCCCCCAGAGUGUGGUAGAGCAAGUCAUGAAUACUUACCCAGAUGUCUCAGACACAUCUGAACUGAUUUCUCUCAUCCAGAACUACAGGACUAGCCACAUAUCCCUCUAAAUUAAAAAGACUUUUUUUUUUUUUUUUUACUGAAACUGAGCCCACAUUGGAGUUCUCAUUCCCAGAAGCAAAAUUAAAACUGAAAAAAGCAGAAAAUUUCUACUCUUCUGAAAGUGACUGUGAAUUUCUAUUAUGAUGAAUCAUUCUAAAACCUACCUUUUACUUUAAGCAUUAAAAAGUGACUUAAUCUGAUGUAAGAAAAUGUAGCAGGCUAAAUGCUAUUUCUUAAUCCUAGUGUAAAAGUGCAAUGCACUACGCUCCAUACAUGCUACUUAUUGUAGCACUGAUAAAUGUUUGAUUAAAGCAACACGUGUUGUUUUUCUCAUGCUGCCUCAAAGUGAGGAACGCUAUAUUCUGUACUUCUGUAAAGAAAGUCAGUGACCUGUUUUAGAUGUGAAUUUCAAAGGAUUGUGUUUUUUCUGUGCAUGUGAAAUAAAACCACUCAAAUCA